AUGGCACGAAAAUUAGAGCCCAGCACUUCAAUGCAGUCGCCCCCAGGACCCCAGGCAAAGCUGGUACUCCCAUCCCAAGAUACCAGCACCAAUACCAACCCCACCAUCUUCAAUGAUGCAAUGAUAGUCCGGAAGGCGUCUUCAUCGACGAGCAGAACUGCACCGCAGACUCCGAGAUCGACAGCGAUGAUUCCCACAGCUGGCACUGGGUACUACAAAACGCCCCACGCCCAUCUCACGGCACCACCAGCGGCAGUUGCGCAGGGAGCCCCCGAAUACGACUGGAAGCAUGAACCUUGUAUCAAGCUGACGCGGGUGGCGAUCAUGCCAUCGUUCCGCGGCCUCGGACUUGGGCGACGGCUAGUGGAAAUAGCGCUGGAGUGGGCGGCUGUGCAUGCGGCAGAUGUAGACGAGGCUGCGGCGCAGAUCGCUGCUAGGAGGGAGUCACCUGUUACUCCAAUUCCGUGGCGGGGGUUGGUUCUUGUGCAUGCUCAGGUGGAUGUGGUGGGGAUGUAUGCUGGGUUUGAAUUUGAAACGGAUCAGUCGCUGGGUCGGUGGGACGAGGAGGGGAUUGAGUAUGUGGGUAUGUUUCAGCGGGUGGUUCUCAAUAAAUAA